AUGCCAUCGAACAGGCAGCUUGAAUCUGAUGAAAACCUCUUGGUUCAAACGGUCAAAGAUAAGAAUGGACUGCGGGUUAGUGGGCAGCCCAAAAUGCCCUUAGAGUCCCCGAAACCGUCAAAGAAACCCUCAAAGCACCGUGGUACAUUGACCAUACCAUCUGACGAGCCGCCUCUUUCGGCUGACCAAUCGCCCAACGAAGUCGGAAACAACAAUGGCCUGCGGGUUGACCAGCCUUCGGCAAUUGAAAAUCUCGAUAUGCCCAACAGGCGCUUCUCCAAUCUCUAUGAUGCGGUAGCUGCCCGCGUCACCGCUCGUGGUUUUCGAACUGACCAGCCAUUUGCCUCGAAAUAUCGCGAUACAGCCUCGUCAGGCGCUCGAGCUCUACGCCCAGAGGAGGUUCUUUUUCGCAAGGAAAGCGGCACUAUGGAUGGCACUGCAUUGCUAGCGAUGGGAAUUCUAAUUGAAGAGCUGGCUAAGGAGGCACUAGGUGAUACCGGGGAUCUAGUCCUCGUUGAAGGAGAGGAGCUGUCGGAGGAUGAGGAAGACAUUGACCUCAAGAACAACAUCAAAGACCAGCUUAUGGUAUCACCUGCACGAAAGGAGCCGGUACCUAUCAGGGUGCUGAAAUCGUCAAAACGACGCAAAUCCUCUCGAUCGGGCUCCGUUCCGAAGGGCGUGGGAAACCAAUUGUACCGAAGAUAA